AUGCCUUCACCAACUGAAAACAACAAUAGUGUAGUCACUCCAAACAAGAAUGCAUGUCGUCCUGACGCGAGUCCGAAUGAUGCUGUCAUUCCAGUGAACGACACAACAACAGCUCCACUUCCUCCGACCAACAACAAAUUCACGGACCGCGAAGUGUCGACCAUCGCUCGUAUCGUAUGGAACGAAGAUCCUGCAACAGCCGCGAUGGCGACGGAGCUCCAAGGAAUUUUUACUGUCAUGCAAUUGAGUAAACUUUCUGAUUUUGAGGGACAAGAUGCAACCGAAUUAAUUGGAUUUGCUGGCAUUCCAAGACCUGGCGGUACGAUUGGACCCAUCCAAUCAAAGCGUCUCAAGGAUUUCUUUGAUUAUGCGACCGCUCCUUCUGCGAGUCUCCCUCCAGACCUUACCUACACCAAAAUUCGAACCGUUCUUGAAGCACGAGCCAAAGAAUUGGAAGUUGCAGUUCUAGGCUCCAUGACUGGCGAUGGAACUUCCGUCGCGCCUACUGGUUCUGACUUCAAGUUCAAAGCCCCAGUAUGCGAUCUAUUUACUGGCGAGCCUGAGGAAUUUUGGGGUUGGUGGGAUUCUGUUCUAUUGGAGUUCGGUCAGUCUGGCAUUUCUGAAGCUUUGACUGAUCCAGAAUACCACAACAAGAGUGACAGUGCUGCCAAAGCGUCUAGUGCUGGAUGGUAUGCCAUUGCGAAAAGUCUCCAAUGCGGUCAUGCCAAUUGGAUGUCUGGUGAGGUCAGCCGACACACCAACCGCAAAGUUGCUCAUGAUUUCUAUACGAAACUAAUGAAGACAUUUAAUACUGAAGAAAACCAAGCCCAUUUCAUGGUGCAUGCAAUCGACAGUUUGAAUGAGAUCAAGUUGGAUCAUACCAAGCAAGUUCACGAAUUUAUCAACGAUUGGAAGCAAAUUAUCAAUCGGUUGAACGAAAACAAGAACCAGCUUGCGACCAACCGAGAGAUUCUACGUGUAUUUUUACUUCGUGCAUUACAGUCUGAUGCCUUUGAAGAAUCAAGACAAUUUAUUCUUCGAAACCCUUUGAAGACCAUUGAUGAUUACUUGGAUCAUAUCCGAAAUCGAGCUGAUUCAAUGAGGAUGCUGAGUGGCGACCCCCCAAUCCGUGAUUAUGGGGAUAUUGUCCCUGGGAUAAUCCGCCGGGCCGAAUCUCGAACCAAGACCAAGGGAUCCGAACCUCCUAAAUGGCACAUUCCAUUUUUUCCUAAUGGAUGGAAGCAAGCAUUAGGAAGGGGAGCUUUCCGGCGUUUGGAAGAAUGGCGCCGUGCGGCUCAUGGUACUAAUAAGCGUCCACGCGACCUCGAGAGGGAAUUUGAUAUGAAGAAGGUUCGUAAUAAGUCCUAUGAUCCCAACCUUGAUCGAAAAACAAAGAAAGCUCGCCGAGGAGCUAUUGACACUGAGGAAGACGACAAUUCUCAGGACGGCACCACUGAUUCCAGAUCUCACAAGUUCAGAAUUCGUGUGCUCCGCCGUACCACUUCUCCUCCGGAACCAAAUGAGCCCGUCCUGAUCACGGACAGUGGCGCCGACCAAUUUUUUGCCGGCUACAUCUGGAGAAGACUUAGUACUACGGGAAGACUGGUCGAGCUCAUGGGAGCUUUGGCAGGAAGACAUUCUGGAACAGUUUUACCUGUGGCAUCUGUCGUCGGAAAAUUGAUUGAUGCUGCUGGCAAUGAAUGGUGUGCAGUCGCCAACGAAGUCCUUCACGACACGAGUCCAAACCAGCAUGAAUCCUUACUCCCACCGGCGCAAGUACGUAAUGCGGGCAAUGCAGUGGAUGAUUGCCCAUCUGACGCAAAGACGACUUGCGGGGACUUUGGAACACAAUGUUGUGUGUUUGGUUCGGGAAAAGCAAAGCACACACUCCCAUUAUUCUUUGAUGGAUUGAAGUGCUACUAUCGAAUGGAGGCCAUCACCGAUGAUGAACUUACAUCUUUGCCAAGAAUUGUUCUCACUGGAGAUGCGGAAUAUGAGCCGACUAGCCGGACUACAAUUCGCCGAAUGAACACGGACGAAAUUGAUUGGAAACGGACCAUGGCUUUUCCCCCUGAUGAUGUCUUGAAACAUACUCUUGAAGCAACCACUCAACUAAUACCUGUUGUUGAGGCUGAGAGCCCUCAGCAGAACCUUGCCGAACUGAGAGGAGGCAGACUAAAACAUGUGGUUCAACAUAUUUUGCUAUUGACUGGAGCCCCUGCUGAAUAUUGGUGUUACUGUUUGGAAUAUGUUGCUUUUGUGAAAGCACGAACGUCAAAGAGAGUUCUUAACAAUAGAACGUCAUGGGAAGCUGAGUUUGGCGCAGUCCCUGACAUAAGCAAGUGUCGAUUCUCUUUUUGGCAACCUGUCUGGUUUUAUACUCCUCACGGAGCGUUCCCAAGACAGAGAAUGAUGAAAGCGCGUUUCCUCGGAUUCAGUCCUGACUCUGGUGAUGCAUUUACAUAUGUUAUUGUCACUGAGCCCGAUGAUGAGAAAGCUCAUCGCCAAUUUUUUACCCGCUCUGUCAUUCGACCACGAUACCCGCGAGAAGAUGCUCCAUUCGUGUUCAAGCAAGGAAAAAGCCUUGAGAUUUUCAAAAGGGAUGAGCGCACCAUAUUGACUGCCGUUAGUGACUCUGAUUUCCCGCCUGCUCUUUCCGACAGGGCGCACAAUCCACUUCCGACAAUUCAAGAGGAGCCUCAACCAUUGGACAGUGUAGAGGAGUAUGAACGAGGUAUUGAAGAAGUGUAUGGACCCCCGGCUUCAAAACGACUUCGUACCGAUCCUACGUCCGACGAAGUUCUACUGCGUACUGAUCAAGAGGAGCUUCAGCCGCUCUCUGCCCAGGACCCACUAAGAACUCCAUCCGUUCCGACUGCUGAAGUUGAGCUACCCACCGAACUGCACCCCCAAGAUCAGGAAAUGUUAGUAGCCAAUUCUACAGCUACUGUCGAUGCUACGCCUGAAGGUCCGCGGUUACCACAAACUGGACCUGUCCCGGUGACACAAGAGGAGCCAACAAAUUCCUUCAUGACGGAGCAAGGUGAAUCUGCCUCGAUUUCUCCUGAUGGAGAUGAAGACUCAGUUCAUUCCGCCGAUGAAGCCCUCGAUGAUCACCAAGUCUCACCGGAGUCGCUCGACGUUCACCUCCGGAAUCUUGCUGGACUGACGGAGGAUGAAGAUCUAUUUGAUUCUAUUUGUGGUCAUGAGUUUCGUGAUGGUGUACUAUUCCUGCAGAUCUUAUGGAAGACUGAUGAAACUUCGUGGGAGAAAUAUCGUGCUUGCCGCGAAGAUUUUCCUUACGACGUCGCCAAGUACAUUUGCUCCAAGAAGAUUGGAUCCGCCUCUGGUAACCAUUCAAAUGGACCACAUCAACGAUGGGCACGUACUUUCUUGAAGAAAACUCGCCGUGUUAUGCGUCGUUUUGUUCGAUAUCAUGGCUAUUCAAAACCUAUGUUGAAUAUCCACGAUUUUCGUUGUCCUCGUGAGGACAAUAGUGAUCAGAUUCAAUUGACCAAGAUGCACAAGAAGUCCCAGCCCCGCCAAGUCAGAAGAGCCAAGAAAAAAGGCCGUCUACGGCGUCCUUUGCCCAUUCGGUUUGGCAUUCCGAUUCCGCGGACAGUAAACGAAGCACUUGCACUUGAUGAUGAUAACGGGAACCACUUUUGGCGUGAAGCAAUGGAAAAAGAGAUUGCUUCCCUGUGUUAG